CAGCACCAGGCGUCCGAGGCCUUCGCUCUUUCAGUUUACGUUUACCAGCACGAAGCAUACGCUCGCGCUCGCAGUUCUUCUUGUAGUCAAACUGUAAUUGCCGGCGAAGUGGUUCAUCUGCGGGUGAACAAGCGAAGGCAAUCCAAGUACGACUUUACCUUGCUCCCAAGAUGGGUGUGAAGCCGAAAAAAUCCUCUUCCAGUUCGUCCGCGCCACCGCCGGCCGACACGGUGCCCGACGAAAUGGCCGACGAAAACGAAAUCGCGGUGGGAAUCGAUCUGGGUACCACCUACUCCUGCGUGGCGGUGCAAAGGGAGAUGGGCAUCGAGGUGCUGGCCAACGACCAGGGGAACCGCACCACCCCCUCCUACGUCUCCUUCGACGACACGCAACGGUUGGUCGGCGACGCGGCGUGGAACCAAGCGGCCAGAAAUCCGGUCAACACGGUGUUCGACGCAAAACGGCUGAUCGGCCGGAAAUUCCGGGACGACGAGGUGCAAAAAGAUCGGGAACUGUGGCCUUUCAAAGUCGUGGAGGGGAGCAAGGGAAACCCGAAGAUAUCCGUGACGUUGAAGGGGGAACGGAAGGAUUUUGACCCGGAAGAAAUCUCUGCGAUGGUGCUGACGAAAAUGAAAGAAACCGCGGAGGCGAUUUUGAACCGCAAAGUGACGAAAGCGGUCGUCACAGUGCCUGCAUAUUUCAACGACGCGCAGCGGCAGAGCACGAAAGACGCCGGGAAGAUCGCGGGUCUGGAGGUCUUGCGCAUUUUGAACGAACCGACCGCCGCGGCGAUUGCGUACGGAAUGAAUUCGGCAGCGGAACGAGGAAGUAUUGAGUAGUAAUAAGCAGAAGCUGCUAUCUCUGUUGUAAUGCAGAUUGUAGUGCAUGGGCUACGCUAGCAAACUGCUUCCGUUUUUGCACUGCGUACUUUCGCAGUUUUGUGUGGCAAACUUCGUUGAUGUGAAACAAGUCAAACUGAAGUAAAAAUCAACAGGUUCGGAGCGCAACAUCCUGGUUUACGAUCUGGGUGGCGGUACUUUUGACGUUUCCGUCCUUCAACUGGAAGAGAACGUCUUCGAAGUGAAGGCCACGGCCGGGGACACGCACUUGGGCGGCGAGGAUUUCGAUUCACUGCUCGUGGACCACUGCGUGAAGGAAUUUGAGCGAAAAAACCCGGGCGUCAUCGAGAAAACAAAUCGGAAGGAGCAGGAGUCCAAGCCGCAAGCCAGUUUUUUCGCCGAUUUCGGGGGCCUGUUUGGCGGCACGAACGACGACGAGACGCGGGAGCGGACGGACGGCAGGUACCGAGUGGACAAAAUCUCCGAAGAGGACCUUUUGAAACGCAUGAACAGCAGAGCCUUGAGACGCUUACGGACGCAGUGCGAACGGGCGAAGAGAACUUUAUCCGCGUCCACGCAGGCGACCAUUGAAGUGGACAGCUUAUACGGGGGCAUCGACUUUACGUUGCAGCUCAGUCGCGCGUUUUUCGAAAAACUGUGCACAAAACAUUUUCAGCAGACGCUGUCGUGCGUGGAGGAUUGCUUGCGGGAAAGUGGGGUCCGGAAACAAGACAUCCACGAUUUGGUUUUGGUUGGUGGAAGCACAAGAAUUCCGAAAAUCAAGCAAAUGCUGGAUGAAUACUUCGGUUUCCAAUCCAACAUGGUCGGAUCCCCGAACGGGAAGGGGAACGACGGGGAGGCUGGAGGGUAAGCGUUUAUUUCCUGUACAACGAUUCAGAAAGAGCAACCGGUCCUUACAGUACUAGCAUCUUCACAUGCUUUGCAUUUUGCUUUUUCGACAAAAAAAACACAAAACCCAAAAACAGCCGUCGUGUGAACAGCAUCAACCCCGACGAAGCAGUGGCCUACGGCGCUGCGGUUCAAGCAGCAAUUUUGACGAAGGCGCAUUCCGGCCCAGACGUCUUGCUCUUGGACGUGAGCCCGAUCUCCUUGGGGAUACAAACCGCCGGCGGCGCCAUGACGGUGGUGAUACCGAGAAAUACGACAGUGCCGGUCAGGAAAACAAGGGGCGGCUUCUCAACGGCUGCCGAUAACCAGAGGCAAGUGCUCGUGCAGGUAGAUGGAUGCUUUCGGAGAACAAGUUUGCUUUGCACAACUGCAUGCGAGGCAAUAUCACAUCAAUUGCGGAAUUCUAAUCUGGCAAAACAAUCCCUAGGUCUUCGAAGGCGAACGGGCACUGACAAAAGACUGCAAUUUGCUCGGGAAGUUCCAGCUCACCGAUAUUGCACCUGCGCCUAGAGCCGUGCCGAAAAUCGAGGUCAUGUUCGACAUUGACAAAGACGGCAUUUUGACGGUGCAAGCGGAGGAACAGGGUCAGGGCAGCGAGAACCGACGGGCGAUUCAGAUUUCGAACGACACUGGGAGGCUCACGAAGGAAGAGAUCGAACAGCACAUGCAGGAUGCGGCAAGGUAAUGCUAAAAUGGUAGAUUUUGCAAAGCACAUGCAGCACGACCAUGGGCCCCGGGUUGCAACGAGUCUUCCACUGAAUCUGAUGCAUGAUUUUGAUUACUUGCGCGUCAUCAACGUGACACAUUCAUCCUCAUUGGUGAAAUUGAGAAUGGUAUGAUGAAGCCCCGUCGUCCACAAAAAAAACCCACAGGUACAAUGCCCAGGACCGGGAAGUGAAAGGGAUCCUCGCCGCACGAAACUCGCUGGAAAAUUACUGCUACUCCGCGAAGUCGACCCUCGAGUCUGACCAAUUUUCCAAAUUGAUCUCCCGGUCGGAACGGAAGAAAGCCAUCCAGGCGAUCACGAAGACGCUAGAGUGGUUGGAGAAGAACCCCAACGCCGAUUUGCCGGCUUUGGAGAAGAUUCGGAACGGCUUGGAAACCUUGAUCGCCCCACUGUUGAAAAAGCAAUACACCAGUGUUGUCCCCGGAGGCGAUGGCGGUGGGGCUGGCGGGAAGGGGGGAAGCGGCAAAAAAGGCGGGUGCUUUGGGUGCAUGCGUGGGUAGAAUUUGUGGCAGAGCAGGAAGCGAAGGACAAUGGGACGAACUCCAUUCGCCUCGUCCUCUGCUGCACGAAUUUAUUCAGUUUUUGAAUGGACGAAGUGUGGUGCGUAAGGAACAACUUAAGUACAACCUGUACUCAUGUGUAAGAUGUUGAUAACUUCUAAGUUUCGGUAGACUCCAAACAAUUCCAAGAUGCUUUUACUAUCAUACUGAGCAAGCUUUAGCUUUAUUCUGCGUGUAAAAUCGCACUCUGAGUUGCUACACAUAAGUUUUUGGUUUAUGCCAUAUGUACGAAUGACACUGCUUCGUUGCGAUCAGCACGCGCUUCAACUUGUACUUCUUCGGUUGUAUGAAGGCAACAUUACUAAGAUGAAGAUCACACUGUAUUGACUUCCGCAU